AUGCCUUCACCACUACCACCACCCAGACCCGACCAAGCAUAUGUCACCGUCUCCCCAAUCCCAGGCGGCUUCAUCACCCUCAGCGACACCUUCUUCGUCAAACCCGCCGACCCCACCGCCAAACGCACCGUCCCCUCCCUAACAUUCCUCAUCCAACACCCCAACCCACCCCCCUCAUCCGGCUACACCUCCCACCCCAACAAACCCUUCCGCUUGAUGUUCGAUCUCGGCCUGCGAAAAUCCCAAUCCCGAUACCCCCUUCCUCUCCAAAAACACAUCGACUCCCGCGCCCCUUUCCUCCUCGAACCCGGCGUCGCCCAACAACUCCAAGACGCUGGCCUCUCCCCUUCAGCCAUCAACCUCGUCAUCUUAUCUCACGUCCAUUACGACCACCACGGCGACCCCGAAGAUUUCCCCCAAGCACACUUCCUCCUCGGCCACGGCGCCCUCCACGUCCUCAAAUACGGUCUCGGCGGUACGGCUUCCCACCAACAUUUCGACCCCAAUACCUUCCCCCCCGAUCGAACUUCCGAACUCCCGGACCCGAAAACUUGGCACGAAUCUCUCGGUCCGUUUCCUCACGUGUACGAUUUAUUCCACGACUCUUCCGUGUAUGUCAUCGACACACCGGGGCAUUUGCCCGGACAUUUGAAUCUUUUGUGUCGCACGCAAGAGCGGUGGGUUUUGCUUUGUGGGGAUGCGUUUCAUGAUCGUAGGCUUUUGACGGGGGAGAGGGAAAUUGGGACUUGGGUGGUGGAGGUUGAGGGGCGGAGGACGGUUUGUUGUAUUCAUGUUGAUGAGGAGGAGGCGAGGGAGAGUAUUAGGAGAUUGAGGGAGUUGGAGAGCGGGACGGGAGGGGAGUGUGAGUUGAUUGCUGCGCAUGAGGAGGAUUGGUGGGAGAGGCAUAAAGAUCAAGUGUUUCCUGGGACGAUUUAG